CGCGAUGAAAGCCUAAGUAUUCGGAAUGCCAGCACUUAGCUUCCUCUUGUUGAUUGCCUUCCCAUUCUCAGUAUUAGCACAGUUUCUCGAUGGAGAUUGUGCAGUUCAAACAAAUGCGAAUAAUUCUUCCAGUCCCUGGAUUACUUUUCUGCAUACGACUGAUCUGAUGUUUGUGUGCCUCGGAACUCUGAUCUCUCAAAAACUGAUAAUGACUGCAGCGCAUUGCGUGUUAAGUAACGCUCAACUAAUAGCUCGCUUUGGGGAGUUUAUAGAAACCUCAGGAGAAAACACAUUUACUGUAGAGUACAAGGUAAGGGAAACCUGCAGUCACCCUUAUUUUGACAUAGAUACAUAUGACAAUGACAUAGCCCUUCUUGAACUAGCUACAAAUGUAGUUUACACAGGUGAGUUUGAUUCCAAUUAUUUUAAAAAAACCAUGAUAACAAUUUUCUCUAUAAUAGACUACAUCAGACCCAUUUGCAUAGUUUGGAAUCGUUCAUGGAAACGCUACAUCGAUAACAUUCAAGAUCUGAAAGGCUAUGUGUGGGGCAAGCCGCUCAAUGGAAAAGAUAGUGGUCGAAGGCUCGUGGAAAUCCGGCGUCAACCAGCAGAAGUAUGCCAUAACUAUAUUAAUUCCACUAUGGGUAACAUAAUGAGCAACCAGUUUUGUGCCGGAGACUCAGAAAGUGAUCUAUGUAAUGCUGAAUCCAGUAGUCCUUUGGUAGCAAUAAUUUCAUAUAGAAACUUAAGGAGAUAUGUUCAAAUUGGCAUUGCCACCACGAAUCAAAAGUGCAAAAUGCCUAGUAUUUAUACAGAUGUGAUGAGUCACAUCGAUUUUAUCCUCCGGAUUUGGCGUUUUUAUGGCAACGGUCAAAGUGCCAUGAUCCCAAGUUCAACAACAUAAUCACUUUCGAGUAGGGAUUAGAAAAUUAGAGUUCAAACCAAUAAAACACACGAAUUCCUAUGUUUGAAA